AUGCCUUCAAUUGUAGCAGGCGUUCCCUGGCAUGAGGGAGAGCAGAAAAUCCAAAAGUUGCUACGUGUGCCACCCCAAGAUAACCCAACAGUCCCCUACUUCAGCCCCGGGGCAAAGUUUCUACUGGGAAGGUCGCCAUUACUGGCUCUAGGGACUGUUGAUAAAGAAGGUCGUCCUUGGUCAACUAUCUGGGGUGGAAAAGAGGGCUUCGCGGGGCCGACAACAGAGUCCACGAUCGGAAUCAGAACACCGGUAGAUAUCAAAUAUGAUCCGGUAGCAGGGUCAUUACUGCCUGUUUCAGUGCAGGAUGAAACAACUGAAGAUAUCGAGAAGAUGGUUUCUGGACUGGCCAUUGACUUUGAAACGCGGAAACGGGUGAAACUCUGGGGCAAGAAGAUUGCAGGAUCGCGGAGUCCCGCUGGGCAAGAUCUAGACACAGAUGGAGGAGCAGAUUCGGCUCAGCUCACCAUCAAAAUCGAUGCCAGUUUGGGGAAUUGCCCAAAGUACUUGAACAAAAAACACAUCGUUCCAGCUGUUCCAGAUCCCAAAUUGAUCUCCAGCUCACCUCAGUUAUCUCCAGGCGCUAUUGAUCUACUUAGCCAUGCAGACUGCCUUUUUAUCUCGUCUUAUGGAACGGUAGAUAUGGACACAAACAUUCGUGGCGGACCCCCGGGGUUUAUUCGAGUUGCGUCCAACGAGCCCAGCGGCGCAGUCGUUGUCUACCCCGAAUACUCUGGCAAUCGAUUAUAUCAGACCCUGGGCAAUUUGCAGACAACUCCCCUUGCAGGGUUCGUCAUUCCCGAUUUUGAGACGGGAAAUGCACUAUAUGCAACCGGGCGAGCUGAAGUUUUGGUUGGUAAGGAUGCGGCAGCCAUACUUCCACGGUCGAAUGUGGCCGUCAAAAUGACCCUCACUGCGGCUCGAUAUGUCGAAAAGUCUCUUUCAUUUCGGGGAAUAGCAGGACAGCCAUCUCCAUACAACCCGAGUGUCCGAUAUUUGACCACCGAGAAGGCAUCCCCAGCCGUUGCCGAGUCGUCUGUCACAGCAACGCUCAUCAAAAAGGAAGAACUAACCCCAACAAUUGACCGGUUCCGCUUUCGAAUAUCAGAUCCAGCGAAUAUUGGGGCAUGGACACCAGGGCAGUAUGCAACAUUUUCUUUCUUUGACGAGAUGUAUAUGGGAUACAGUCAUAUGCAAGACGAUGACCCUCUCAGUCUCAAUGACGAUUUUGUCCGAACAUUCACAGUCUCAUCCUAUCCUGGCAGAGGCCUUUCCGCUGCUGAGUUUGAGAUUACCGUUAAAAAGCACGGCAACGUGACCAGCUAUCUAUUCAGAGUCAGCGAACGAGCAGGCAUAGAAGUCCCGCUGAAAGGUUUUGGGGGCAGCUUUCAGAUAGAAGACCAGAACGGACAAGAUAUCUUGCCCUUUGUAGCGGGUGGCAUUGGUAUCACCCCGUUGAUCGCACAGCUUCCGGACAUUGACAUUUCACGUCUGCGGCUCAUAUGGAAUCUGUCCAUUCGGGAUGUGGGCUUGGUAUUUGAUACAUUCAAGCGGUUCCCUCAUCUUCCUAGCUCCACGACGCUGUUCAUCACAGGGUCUGAUCCGCACGGAAAGGAGGCUGAAACCGUCGAGGCUCUUACUUCCUCCGGUGCAAACUUCGAGCGUCGCAGAAUGGAGGCGAGAGAUCUCGAUUUGUCCUUGGCUGAUGUGUGGUAUCUUUGUGCUGGCAGUUCCUUGAAGACCGCUGUUCUAAAUUGGUUAACAGGGAAGAGAGUUGUUUAUGAGGAUUUCAACUACUAG